AAGACAUCAGUCAAAAAUGUCGCGACUGGGAGGUCUAAAUCGCAAACUAUAAGAGAUAUAAACUCGCAAACUUUUCACAAUGAAUACUUUUUGCUUGAAAGACAGAGCUUCAUGUGGAAGCAGAAACUGCUUCGGCAUGCUGAAGGCAGACUGAAUAUGUCAAUAGUUUUGUCGCAAUACGUUUACGUAGGCGGUCGUGCUUCUCGUGAGAGAGAAAGACAUGGAGAGAGAGAAAGACAUGGUGAGGGAGAAAGACAUGGAGAGAGAGAGAAUUCGUUUUGGCGCCGUUUAGUAAAUGGUGAAUGCGCAUCGAGUCGAAAUUUUUGUCGUAAAUUCAAAAAAUCGAAAACAGAUAAAAAGUGUUGAAUUUCUCUUCUCGCAAAUAAGAUUUUAGUAAAAGAACGGGUGCAGAGAGACCUGUAAAUAACGUUAUCUGAAAAGUCGGUCGUUUCAAGUAGAGAAGGAAGAAAGAUAUCAAUGACGUUGCCCCACGGGGUGCUCCUCCGCGACGGGGGUUUACCACCGGGCCCAGGAUGAGGCGCGAUUCAAAUCACUCCUCUUUAAAGGCGCAAUAUCAAGUACGAUAAGCAACCGGCGCUUGUGAGCAGUUAUCCUUUGUGGUCUCGCGAGGCGUCAGUGGUAUCGAGGAUCAUUGCAGCAUACCAGCUUUGUUUCUUAAGCGGCUGUUAAAUCAGAACGCUUGAGUGGUGGUGACGCACAAAGGAGAAAGAAGUAACUACAUUCGAAGCAGCCUAGCGGGUUGGAGUAAAAGCGACAGAGGUAGCGACGUAGCAGGCAGUGUAGAGAUUGCAACGAACAGUUUCCUUCUUCACUACCUUCAUACACUUCAAGGAGACGUCUUCUUCACCUACUUGCCCCUCCUAGUUGUUUGCCCUUAAGGCUUCCAAAGGAGCCUUAAAACAACUCUUGGCAAGAUGGCGCGCCAAGUAGACGAGAAUGACCUGACCAACGCCAUGGACCUUCUCCGACAGGAGAUGAAUGCGGUCCAGGAUAAGGCGUUGAAAUUGGUAUUAAUGUUGUUACAUGUACGUUUCAAUCCGCACUACCAUUAGCUACCUCGUCGGUCGUCCUUCCAUUUUACCACUACCCUCACUCACUUCACUCCACUUAUUAAAGCUUCGGGUAAUCCAUCUCCAGGAGCAUCUUGGGACCAUCCUGUAAGGGAAAAGCAAACCCAGGAUGCCACUCAAGAUGGAUUCGAGGAAGCUCUAAACUUAUUUGACUACUACUGCAAGUAGGUACUUGCUCUCGUUUUAACCUCGACGAAGAUCUUCUAUCCGCACUACCCAUUCUACGACUACCACCUCACAUCAGGUCGACAAGAAGAUGGGAGGGAUGAUUACGGACAAAGCGACGAGCUUGAUGGCUGAUGUGAUGACCAGUGUGGAUGCGAAACAGCAGAAGAUGAUGAAGACGAUUGAAGCCAAGUUCAACUCCGUAGAAAAAGCGAUAAGUAUAAAGAUAAAAGAGGGCGACGACAAACUGGGAGAUCGCUUGGACGAUACGAAUCACGAAUUGAAUUUAACAAAGCAAGAUUUGGCGAGAAAUGUACUUUUUAUUAAGGCUAUCUCUAAUGAUCCACUCCUAUGUUGAUAUGCUGACAACUGUCGCUGUGAGAACUGUUGAGUCGUUUUGGACCUACUGCCUACGUAUUCGUCAAAAAACUCUCCUCCGACCUCGAUCGCGAUGCCUCGAUACUAAUGCCAAUGUAUGACCAUGAUAUGCUGACAACUGUUGCUAUGAGAACUGUUGAGUCGUUUUGGACCAACUGCCCAUGCCGACACCCACCCAGGUAACCGAUCUAAAGAACAUGAUGGGGGAGUUGCGGAAUGAGACGCAGGACAGCUUGCAGGAGUUCAAGGCUGCGGUGGAUGCGGCACUAGAACUGACGAAUAAACAAGGGCUCGAGACGGCUAAGAGGUUAGAUGAGGUGAACAGCAUUCUGGAGGAUACGAUGGCCACCAUGCGAAAGAAUCAAGAAAUUGUCAACACAAGGCUGGACGGUACUAUGCAGUCGUACUUUUGCUUGUGUACUUACCAUAGUGCUAAUAUGGUUAUGGAGUUGUACUUUUGCUUUUGUUCUUACCAUAGUGCUAAUAUGGUUAAGGGUUUCCGUAGUGCUAUCGCAUUUUGCUUUUGUUCUUUACCAUAGUACUUUUGCUUUUGUUCUUUACAUAGGUUUCCGAAUUGCAUUCCUCACUACCAUCCCUGGCUCUUUUCCUAGUUGGAAAGAAGUCGGGGACGUGGUGAGAAAAGUAAUUCCGUAACCUCUAAUAUAUGGUAUUUUAGUGAUCAAAAAAUUUCAAACUCCAGGUCUCAUCAUGUACCAGAGGCAGCUGGAGCAGGACUUAUUUGCGUGUGAGAACGUGUCCGCUCGUCGAGUGGAGUGGGAGAUAGCAGACGCCAAGCGGCUCCUCCUAGCAAGCAGGCGAAUAGCUCUCGCUGCUACAAAUACACAAGUACUAGCUUGUGACACGACCUUACUAGAUUUGGGUAGUGGUUUCUUUUCAAUUUCUCGGAUCGAAGCACAACAAGUGCAAUUUCUAUCCUUCAACAGGGCGUCCCGAGACAAAGUUUUUUUAGCCCUCCGUUUAGCGCUACUGGUGUGCGCAAUCUGCAGAUAGAGUUGGCUGUCAAAUUCAAACCCGCACCUAGUAAGGCAGGGACAGCCGAUGUCCACAUUGGCGAGUGCCAUAUCUACUUGUGGGCUCCGAAGGGCACGCACAUCUGGUUCCGCCUCUACUUGAACGACACUGUCAAGACGUUUGAAGGUAGUAGUUUUCCUUUGCAACGAUAAUGUAAAGUAGACGUUUGAAGGUAACAGAUUAUAUAUUUUGAUUCUUUUCAUCGUUGAUUGUCGUGAUAAAUUUCACUGUGCCUUGACUAUACUAAAGCACUAGGCUAAACACCUAGUAGGAUAUUGUGUCGAUUCUCGCACACCGAGCGCGUUUUGUUCCCACACUCAACCAUUUCGCAUUAACGCAGGAACAUACCCGUCGCGACAACCGGUGGGUGGCUUUUUUGGGGAUAUUGAUGUGCCGAUGAAGGGCCUUGAUGAGUUCAAGAUGCUCGUCACACUAGAAAUCGCGGAAAGCAAGGUGGUGCAAAAGCACGAGAUAGCGCCUUAUGUAGCCGUCAACGCUCAAGACGGCAUUUCGUGUAGUGGAAAUCUCUUCUUCUCGAGACACAUAAACAACAGAUUACUUGAUCAGGUAAAAAUUAGUACUAAAAGUGGUUCUUAAAUAUUCGAAAACUCAAAAUAACCGAGUUACUGACACUGAAAUAAGGGAGGUAGCUUAACGCCAAGUGGUUACUCUACUUCCUUCUCAUGAGUAUCUCGGUUAUUCUGAUCAGUGACUUGCUUAUUUCAGUUUUUCGAGUAGUUGUUUUUUUUUGGUAUGCAGCUCAGCAGGAUGUUCAAGUACAACACUGUUUUGAUGCCUACAGUUAAUCACCACCGAGAUGAACUUGUUCGACUUUAAAGUACACAGAGGACAUCGAGCCUUUUCCCCAUCUCAUAAAAGAAUCCACUCAAUCGCAGGUGAAGCAGCAAGUAGAAGUAAUCCGAUCAAGGCUACUAAAACGAGUAGAAUGGAAAGUAGAGAAUGCGUCGACGUUACCUGAGCAAUUUCCAGCUGGUAAUGCCAUGCUCUCGCCAUAUUUCGCUAUAGCAGGCAUCGACAAAAUGCGAUUCCAAUUCUUCCCGAGCGGGUAAUGUUUGAGUUUCCUCUUAACAAGUAUUCGAAAACUGAAAAUAACCGAGUUGCUGAUCGAAAUAAGAGAGGUAGCUUAGCAUCAAGGCUACUCUUCCAUCUCAUCAGUAUCUCGCUUAUUUUCAAUAGUUACUCGGUUAUUUCAGUUUUUCGAAUACUUUUUUGCAGCACUGAGUACUGAUAUCUAAAGAAAUUCCGAUUUGCCUGGAAGAAGAACCUCCUCUGAAGUGGUUUACACACCCACAGGUACCUAGACCCCGCAGAGAAUCCUCAAGCUGUGAAGGGAUUUUGCUCUCUGUUCCUGCACUGUCCCGCAGGAACGACGAUUCAUGGGGUGUUAACGAUAAACAUGAACGGCAAUAUCCAAAAACGCCCUAUUGAGCAUACCUAUCACGAGAUUGGGUCUUUCGGCCGCACUCUCUUCUGCAGAUACGCCGUGAUACCUGGAUCACAUCCCGAAGACAGUCUAGUCAUCUCGCUGGACGUACUAAAUUAGCGUAUGACUUGUUCUUCAUAUUUUUACCAAGAACGAAGUACGUUACCAGCAGUGUCGUGGUGUUACAACCUAACAUAGAACAUGAACUACCUACUUUCAUGUUAAUAAGUACAGCACCAUGGUUCAUCGAAUGACAAGUUACUGCUCCUGCACAACUACAGGUAAACAGCGCAGAGCAGAAGCUUCAGAGUGUAAACAACGAGGAGGAUGAAACGGGAACAUUGCAGUUGCGAAGAGGUGUUGCGGAUGCCUCAGACCUGUCGGAGGUGCGCGUUCUUCCUACCCUCUGGACGCGGUAUAGUUAUGGCAACAGAUGCUGUAGUGCCCUCGUCAGUUGGGAUAUUCUACACCGUUAGUCGUCUCGUGGAUAGCACGAGACGACUAACUCUGUAGGUGACAGGCAGUUCUUGCUGGAGUACUACGAAGGGGCUUAAAAAUAGGGUGUAGUAUUGAAAAGAUACUUACGUAGAUUUGAGCACGGAUGACACUACUCUAACCUAGCCAGAUCGGGCAGAAACUUCCGCUCCGCGUUCAGGAAGACCCACCGGGGCCAGGAGUUGGCGGCGCUUCAGGCCUAGUACCACCGAAAAAGUCCAGGUUUGGGGGAUUGCUUAGCCGGAGAAAGAAGUAGACGAGGGAUUCGAAUGGAUACCCGCGAAAAGAAUGGAUCAUACCUCCACAGCAGGGCGAUUAUAAUUCCUUGAUCCCAAUCACGGGGGAACUAGAACUUAUCUUAAGUACCUGACACACAAAGACAGAAGCAAAUAGCGCUUAAACUGAAUCUGAAUAGUCAAUACACAGACAUUGAAUAGUUCUGGAAUACGUAGAGCAAUGCAAUAGUUGCGGAAGCAUAUGAAUGAACUGAGUAACGAUAAUUUUUCGAAAGGCAGGGCUAGUACUGCGGUAUGGAUUACUAUGUGGGGAUAGAGAUGUUACGACUCGUAAGGUGACACAUCUCACAGUAUGUGCAUGUCGCAAACGGCAAGGGCAUACAGCUAUUUAGUUACCAUAAAGACCGGUCCCCAACCUUCCACCCACAAGCACUAUUCCAUAUACUCCUAUACUCCCGAUUCCAAAAAAUCGAAUUGAUCUUCUUACACAUUUCCACAACUUUAUUCCACAAGAACUAUAUUCAACAAUUUACACUGAUUUCAUCUUCUGAAAAACAGAACUACAAAGACCAAAAAGCAUCCGAGAAGCACGUGCUUCUAUAAUCUUCUUAUCUACUUAUCUAUCGCUUCGCUUUCAAGGCCAAAGGGUUUGGCUGAGCCGGGUUAAUUUCUUACUUAUCACAUAGUAGAAUGUACUGAAAUUAAAUGAACCUCUUCAUCAUUCAUUCUCAUCCACUAAGGGUAGAGAUGUCACAUCAGCAUCUCCACUCUAUCAUGUUGAACUAGACUACUGCAUAUUACAUAUUAUAGAGCUAGAGGACCCAUUAAAUGACAAGAGGUGAACUCUGAGAUUAGGAAUCUGAAGAAUGAUCUGCCGUAGAAGAAAUUCAAAUCAAAGAUGACGCACAGCGUCUUUAUAUGAUCAAUUCUGCACCACACGCGUGUUCCAAAC